GGAGGCCGGCGAAGAUGGCGGACGGCAGAGCGGAGGGGCCCAAGGCGAAGCGGCCGCAGCCCGCAGGAGGACCUGAAGAAGAGGCAGAAAAACCUGUGAAAACUAAGACUGUUUCUUCCAGUAAUGGAGGGGAAAGUUCGAGUCGCAGCGCAGAGAAACGAGCGGCUAAUGAAGAAGCUGAAGACUUCACCACAAAGCCUGCUCCUGCCAAAAUGUCCAAGUUUGGAUUUUCCAUAGGCAGUCAGACAACCAAGAAGGCCUCUGCAAUAUCCAUCAAACUAGGAGCAAAUAAGCCUAAAGAGCCUGUUCCAACCCUCGCUCCAAAAACCCUUUCUGUAGCAGCAGCUUUCAAUGAAGAUGAAGAUAGCGAACCUGAGGAAAUGCCGCCGGAAGCCAAGAUGCGCAUGAAGAACAUUGGGAGGGAUACCCCAACCUCAGCAGGACCAAAUUCYUUCAAUAAAGGAAAGCAUGGCUUUUCUGACAACCAGAAGCUAUGGGAGCGGAAUAUAAAAUCUCACCUUGGAAAUGUCCAUGACCACGAAAACAACUGAAUGAUGUGGAUUGAGACCUGGGGGUCUGGGGGAGGGGAGGGUGUAACAUUAAAGGAACAGUUUCCUUUUUUAAGAAUGGUCUAAGACUUUGGAGCCGCUUUUUUAAGAUUUGAGUGGUACAGUAAUAACUGAGUUYGAAAUUAGAGGUAAUUUAUGUUUUGUAUACAGAUUUCAAGGCAUUUGCUAAUUUUGUAGUUCCAUGUGAUUAGUUUCAAAAGGUUACAGAUAAUAAAGGAAUUGGAGUGGUACCUUUUCAAGAUUUUUUUUUUUUUAAUUUUAAUUUUUAUUCUUUUUGGUCAGCGAUGACUAAGGUGGAUGAAAAAGGUUACUGUCUCUUUAAUCAGGCUAUUGUUGAAUGCUUUUGCAUUCCCACUUCUGGCUCCCUCUCAAACAGGAGGAACAGUUGGCUCCUGAGAAUACAGUUUAAAGCAAGCGAGCAUUGUUUUGUGCUAGAAGUGUUACUGGACUAUUAAUUUGAGUAUAAACUUAAACAACAGAACUAUUAAAAACCUGGAAUUAUUUUUCCCUAGAGUCAUCUUUUGUUAAGCCUCUGCAAACUAGGAAUUCUGUUGCUCUGAGUGGCUCUGGUAACUUAGCUCUAGUUUUGUUUAAAACUUCCUGUAGCGUGUGUAACAUUCUGUGGCCUGUUUCACUGUAAGGAAAUAGGUCUUGUCUGUAUAUUAGAUACAGCCUGUAAGGAAUAUUUCACUACAAAGGUAAACCUUAAGCAGAAUACUUUCAGUGUGUUCCUCUUCAGUCCUUAGCAAUGAGUAGUGCUUGUUAGCAUUUCCUUGUGCAUUAACUAGAGACUAAUACUAAAGGCAGCAAUUAUUGAUAUAGAAAAGCCACCACCAAGAAAGAUACAAUAAGCUUUCCAUUUGGUUGAAAUACUUUUCUUUACUAUGCCUAAAAAGAAAUAAAAGCCACACCAAAAAAAAAGGAAAAAUCAGUAACUCACUGCUUAAGUAUAAAAAGUCCAAGAUGCACUUUCCCUGUCUGGCCAUAGAAAACAAAACGCCUUGAUGCCUGGGGCUGCAGUGGACACUAUCGGGUUUAAAAAGAGAAGUAUUUGUAGUGCUAGUAACUCUGCCAAGUGGCAGCUUGGGCAGUGAAACCUGCCCUUGUUCUGCCUUUCUGCCCCGGGCAAUAGAAGCCCCUGGGCUGCUCGCUUUAACUUGGCGGCACCUUGUGACCUGGGAAGGGCUGCCUGGUUUUCCGUCUAGCUUGGAUUAAAUGUUAGUAAAACAACCAAUCUGGCAAAAAUAGUUGCGGGAAAAAAAGAUGAAGGAAAAGAAGGAGAAGAAGAAGAAGAAGAAGAAGAAGAAGAAAAAAGGCUCUCUUUGUAUUCAAGUACCUGAUAGUGUCUACAGUUAAAUUGAUUUCAGUCUGGAACUGGUUGUAGAGUUCAAUACAUUAGUUGCUUUUGUCCUGCCUUUUCAUACCUUUCUUCAUGCUAAGCUGUCAGUGCAGAAAGGAAAGUGCAUCUUCCAGUGUAUUUUUUUUUUUAAGAAAGCUCUUACCACAUAGACUUUUGAGUUUGUAAGUUCUGAAAAGUAUUUUUUGUAUUUUUGUAUUGUAUGUGUAAUCUUUUUUCCUUUCAAGUCUGAUGCAGUUGAAUACCUGUAACUA